AUGAGGUGUCCCACUAUAGGAACACGCGAAUCCGCCUACGUAUUAGCAGUCACCUCGGCGGGCAUAUCGCACGCAGUGACGAAGGCCUGCAGCUCGGGCAUGCACGACAGCUGUGGCUGCGACCGCACUAUCUACGACCAUGAGCGACAGCCCAACUUUGAGUGGUCUGGCUGCUCUGACAAUAUCCACUUCGGUGCAGCGUUCUCUAGAAAAUUCCUCGACUCACGCGAAAGGGGACGUGUGCAGAGAAAUCCCAAAUUAGGACUCACCAAUCUACACAACAACCACGUCGGUCGACAAGCGGUAGUGAAAAAAAUGGAUAUCAAAUGCAAAUGCCACGGGGUGAGCGGUUCCUGCGAGAUGCGGACAUGUUGGCGCGCACUGCCCGACUUUCGCUCUGUGGGCACUCAGCUUCGUGAACUGUUCCAAGAGGCGGUAAUGGUAGACUACGUAAACAACCGCCUUGUACCAAAAUCAGCACUCUACCAUCGCCCCUCACCCUCCGGACCACCACAGCCCUCGCCGUCGGCCCAGUCUUCGGUGCCUGUUGGUGCUAGUCUGGCGGGGCUGCCGAUGCUGAAGGAGAACGAGCUCAUCUACACCACCCGUUCGCCCUCUUACUGCCACCACGACCCCCGUUUCGGUAGCAUUGGGACCUAUGGUAGACGCUGCAGUGUCGACUCUAAGGGGCCUGAUAACUGUAAUUUCCUCUGUUGUGGUCGCGACUAUCGCAGAGAGGUGUUUAUUCAACAGGAGAAGUGCAAAUGCAAGUUCCACUGGUGCUGUGAGGUGCGGUGUGAGACAUGUGAGAAAACGGUGGUCGUUUCCACCUGCAACUGA